AGCCACCCCUUCUAGCUGGCCCCUUUUCACGGCCCAGUGCAGGUUGGGGGGGAAAAUGGCGCCGGCGCCCCAAGGCGUUCGGGAGGAGCCGCUGCUAGGGUCUCGCCCUGGACCACUUCUCCGGCUCCUGUUCGUCGCCCAAGCCCUUCUGCUCCUGCUGCCGGCCACCCGGGCUGGCCUGUGUCCCGAGCCCUGCUCCUGCCGCCUCCCUCUGCUGGACUGCAGCCGCAGGAAAUUGCCCGCGCCGAGCUGGAGGGCGCUGUCGGGCCCGCUGCCCCCAGACACCUUCAGCCUGGAUCUGAGUCAUAAUCGAUUGUCUAACUGGAACAUAAGUUUGGAAUUGCAGACAUUGCAGGAAGUGAAAAUGAAUUACAAUGAAUUAACAGAAAUUCCAUAUUUUGGUGAAGCGACCUCUAAUAUUACUACACUCUCAUUAGUGCAUAAUAUAAUACCAGAAAUAAGUGCAGAAGUGCUCCAGUUUUACCCUACCCUUGAGAAUUUAGAUCUCAGCUCAAAUAUAAUAUCUGAAAUCAAGGCGUCUUCAUUUCCUCGUAUGCAGCUUAAAUACCUGAAUUUGAGCAAUAAUAGAAUAACCACAUUAGAGGCUGGUUGUUUCGAUAAUUUGUCGAGUUCCCUGUUAGUGGUUAAGUUAAACCGGAACAGAAUUAGCAUGAUCCCACCUAAAAUCUUCAAGCUGCCUCACCUGCAAUUCUUGGAACUUAAAAGAAACAGAAUUAAAAUUGUGGAAGGCCUAACAUUCCAAGGGCUUGAUUCCUUAAAAUCUUUGAAAAUGCAGCGGAAUGGAAUCAGCAAACUCAAGGAUGGAGCUUUUUUUGGUUUGGAUAACAUGGAAGAACUAGAACUAGAAAACAAUAACCUUACAGAAGUGAACAAAGGAUGGUUGUAUGGCUUGCGAAUGUUACAGCAGCUCUAUGUGAGCCAGAAUGCUAUAGAAAGAAUCAGCCCUGAUGCGUGGGAGUUCUGCCAAAGACUGUCUGAACUUGAUCUGUCCUAUAAUCAGUUGACGCGUUUGGAUGAAUCUGCCUUUGCUGGUCUGAGUUUACUGGAGAGAUUGAAUCUAGGGGACAACAGAGUCACUCAUGUUGCUGAUGGUGUAUUUAGGUUUCUUUCAAAUCUUCAGACUCUAGACUUAAGAAACAAUGAAAUUUCGUGGGCCAUAGAAGAUGCUAAUGAAGCCUUUGCUGGACUCACGAGUCUCACUAAAUUAAAUUUACAAGGAAACCAGAUUAAAUCAAUUACAAAGAACGCAUUCAUUGGUCUUGGAUCCCUUGAACAUCUAGAUUUAAACAACAAUGCUAUAAUGUCUAUCCAGGAAAAUGCUUUUUCUCAGACUCACUUGAAGGAACUGAUUCUCAACACGAGCAGCUUGCUCUGUGACUGCCAUGUGAAGUGGUUACUUCAGUGGCUGGUUGAUAGUAACUUCCAACAUUCUGUGAACGUGAGCUGCGCACACCCUGAAUGGCUAGCAGGGCAAAGCAUCCUGAACGUGGACCUGAAAGAUUUUGUCUGUGAUGAUUUUCUGAAGCCACAGAUCAGGACACAUCCUGAAACCACCGUUGCUUUAAGAGGUGUGAAUGUGACACUGACUUGCACUGCCGUGAGUAGCAGUGACUCCCCGAUGUCAACCGUGUGGCGCAAAGACAGUGAAAUCUUGUAUGACGCGGAUAUUGAGAAUUUUGUUCGUUAUCAGCAGCAGGCUGGAGAAGCACUAGAACAUAGUAGUGUCCUACAUCUUUUCAGCGUGAAUUUCACAGAUGAAGGAAAAUAUCAGUGUAUUGUUACUAAUCAUUUUGGUUCCAAUUAUUCUCAGAAAGCCAAAUUGACUGUAAAUGAGUUGCCAUCUUUUCUGAAAACCCCAAUGGAUUUAACUAUUCGAACUGGUGCCAUGGCAAGAUUAGAAUGUGCUGCAGAGGGUCAUCCUGCACCUCAGAUUUCCUGGCAGAAAGACGGUGGUACUGACUUUCCUGCAGCUCGAGAAAGACGCAUGCAUGUUAUGCCAGAGGAUGAUGUCUUCUUCAUUGCAAAUGUGAAAAUAGAAGAUAUGGGAAUAUAUAGCUGCAUGGCACAAAACAUAGCAGGAGGCCUCUCAGCAAAUGCUUCACUAACAGUUUUAGAGACACCCUCAUUUAUUAGACCCUUGGAGGACAAGACGGUAACCCGAGGUGAAACUGCGGUUCUUCAGUGCAUAGCUGGUGGGAGUCCUGCCCCUCGCCUCAAUUGGACCAAAGAUGAUGGACCCCUGCUGGUGACAGAACGACACUUCUUUGCUGCAGCCAAUCAGCUUCUUAUCAUUGUAGAUACUGGGCUAGAAGAUGCUGGGAAAUACACCUGCAUUAUGUCUAACACCCUAGGGACAGAACGUGGUCACAUUUAUUUAAAUGUCAUUACAUCCCCCAAUUGUGACUCUUCCCAAAGUAGCAUUGGGCAUGAAGAUGACAACUGGACCACAAUUGGCAUUGUCAUCAUUGUCGUGGUUUGCUGUGUCGUGGGCACCUCUUUGAUCUGGGUCAUUGUUAUUUACCACAUGAGAAGGAAGAAUGAGGACUACAGUAUUACAAACACAGAGGAGCUUAAUCUGCCGGCGGACAUCCCCAGCUACUUGUCUUCCCAAGGAACCCUGUCUGAGCCACAGGAAGGUUACAGCAACUCUGAGGCAGGGAGUCACCAGCAACUUAUGCCUCCUGCCAAUGGAUAUAUACACAAAGGCGCUGAUGGUGUUGCUGGUACCCGGGUAAUCUGCUCAGAUUGUUAUGACAAUGCCAACAUCUACUCCAGGACCCGAGAAUACUGUCCAUAUACCUAUAUUGCUGAAGAGGAUGUUCUGGAUCAGACGCUGUCCAGCCUUAUGGUCCAGAUGCCUAAAGAGACAUUUUUGGCCAGUCCUCCCCAAGAUGCCAAUACUCUGGAGAGCUUGAUAGCAUCAGACAGAGAUGUGUCUGCUCUUCCCACUAACCAUGAGUGGAUGAAUGAGAAGAAACUUCCUUCCACACAGCUGGCCAGUGAAACAUUGCAACGGCCCUUGUGGAAUGUCAGCAAAGAUCUAGGGCGACCUCAUCCCCCCUUUUCUCAGCAGCCGAUCCUUGAGUCACCACAACUUCUCCGAAACGAGGGCCUGGCAGAGAGUGACCCAGACUGUCCCGCGUCCCCCUUGUCUUGCCACAGGUUACGUGACCACACGUUUGAUUUCACUAGGACUCCGAACAUUCAAGAUGGUACUGAGGAUACAUGAAACUCACUCAGGAUGAAACCUGGGCAGAAACUUAAAUCAGUUAUUUUGUAUUUACUACCUCAGAGUUCAGAAAAAACCCCAAAGUCAGCAUUUGCUUUAUUCUUUGUUUACAAUUACAUCUGAUCUCACCAAGGUGGGCCAGGUACUUGUUUAGGCUCAUCCCUGGCGAGGAAAGGGAAAAGGCUGACAAGUGGGUGCAUCUAACCAGAAAUAUGUGGCGUUGCCCUCGCAAGAUGCAGAGCGGAUGGACGUCCUAAAGGGCCAUUGGGACGUGCCCACUGCCUGUCAGGAAGAGUCUCAUUGCUGCUUAACAACCUGGAUUGUCUCAAGCCUCAGAGUGGUUCCGGGAAAACAUCACUGUCCUACUUUGUCUUCCACAGAAGUAACUGGGAGCCUUCCAGGAAGUGUGCCUGGAACUC